AUGGAAACAUCUUGGGGUGGAACUCAACUUCAGGGGAAUCUUGAAGAGGAAAUACGAUAUUACUUCACUGCUACAAAAAAUUACACGAGCUCCGUUAAAGCCGCAGCAAAGGCUGCACAUCACCCGCGUGGUGCAUUAAAUGUCGUUUUGGAAGCAGGAUAUAGACAUAUUGACGCAGCACCAGUGUACGAAAAUGAAGGGAUAAUUGGUAAAGUUCUUAAAAAAUGGUUUGAUUCUGGAAAAAUUAAACGAUCUGAAAUCUUCGUCGUCACAAAGAACAUAUCUAUGACGGCUUAUUCGCCGCUUGGCUCGCGGGGGCUUGUUAAAUUACUGAAUAAAACAGAAGAGAUUCCAGAUAUGCUACAAAAUGAUGUCGUAUGUAAAAUAGCAAAGGAAUACGGAAAAUCAUCGGCAUAAAUUUUACUACGAUAUAUUGUGCAAAAUAAAAUCAUCGUUAUCUCAAAAAGUACGAAUCCUCAGAGAAUUCAAGAGAAUAUACAAUUAUUCAAUUGGGAACUUAAAUCAGAAGAUAUGAAGAAACUGACAAACCUGGACCUUGGUGAAGCUGAUUUUUUACUCAUCAUUCAGUACUCUUUCGAACCACAAGGUCAAAGAUUACACAUCAUGAUACAAAAAUUCAAGAUUACCUUCAUAUCUCGAUAA